AUGACGUUGAGCUUAGUAACGCCCAAAAACAUACUUGCAUCCUUGAAGCGCAAAAGACCCGAGAAUACAUCAAAUAUCAAGCAAGUUUACAAUAGGCGCUAUCAAUCCAAAUUAGCGAUUAGGAGGGAUCAAACUGAGAUGCAACCCCUCUUGAAACUUCUAAAUGAAAACAAUUAUGUUUGUAGACACCGAAGAGGUGAUGAUGGGGUCACAAUAAGAUAUAUUUAUGUGACUCAUUCUGACUCUAUUAAAUUGUUCAAUAUGUUUCCCACCGUGCUCAUAAUUGAUUCAAGGUAUAAGACCAACAAGUACAUGCUUCUAUUGUUGAAAAUUGUUGGUGUUACGUCGAUUGAGAAGACGUAUUCUAUUAGUUUUACAUUUCUAGAGUGCGAGAAAAAGGACAACUUUGCAUGGGCUUUGGAGGUUUGUAGGUGA